AUGUCAUCCAACUCCUCGACUGAUAAUCUGUGUGCAUCGGAUGACCGGCUCUGCAGUAAGGACAUGACGGCCACUCUUCAUCUUUUCCUUGACACUACCUCCUGUCCCUCUUUCUGCCUGUAUACUUCAUACUACACUAUACUUCAAGUUUGGCAGCUAGUUUCUGAUUUAGCUGAUGAAAAAUGAGGAAAAUAAAUGGAGGGAUACACAGCAUGAUCAUUAUUUUUCACUGAUAAACUCAACUUUUCUUUUUGGUUUUAAACCUUCCUCUUAAAUGUUUCAACCCCUCACCGCUUCUCUAUCAAUGUGUCUCUACAACUACAUUUUCCAUUCCCUACUGCUUUUCUAAAUAAUAAUCUAUAAUUUCAACUGCAUCACACAGUUACAGAUCUGAAAAAUGUAUCUUACCUGCAGUAUCUAAGUAGUGUUUCUGAUUAUCUGUCAAGCUAAUCCUCGGUGGACAACUUAAAGGUUAAUAUUAGCUCACCACCAGAUGCCUGAGUUAACUGCCAUUUCCCGUGACACUGGACUAGCAAAGUUCAAGCUCAAACAAAGCCUUAAACGGGUAUGUCAAAAUGAUUAAUACUAAUUCUGUAAAUCUCUCACCACGCCUAAGAAUGUACUGCAACCAGAAAACGGUGUUUACACAGAGGGACAUGGAUUUACAUUCAUGUUUUCUACCUUUUGACAACAGAGGAUCAAUAUCAGGGCUUUAGACAACAGGAGGUGUGUAAGAUGAGGGAUAUGACUGAUACUACAGAUAACCUGCAUUGUGGUGAUGUAAGUUAAGGGUGUGUUUUUUCUGCUCAGACUGUAGCUGUGAGAAAGUAACAGUUUAGGGCCAAUAUGGCCGAUGGACAUGAUAUAAUAAAAUUAUAAAAACAACUGAAAAAGUAGUUUAGUAACCAUAUUGCAAUAAUGGGUAAAGUCUUUUAAAAUGAGAAAACAGCUGUAUCUGUCCUGCAUGUGUCUUACGUGAAAAAAGAGAUCAGAUUAGUGAAAUCUCUCAGACACAGUUUAAUAAAAAAAAAAAACUCAAAGGCACAACCAGGAAAUCCAUGUUGGCAAAGACUCUUGACUGUCUGACUCAAUUUCUCUAAGUGUCAAUGCAUGAGUCUUUCUAGUGUGUCCUAAUUACAGCCUAAUUGGGUCAUGAUGACUACAUAACAACACACCAAUAAUUUCACAGCCAAGUAAGGCAGAGGAAAACACAGUAACAUGACAAUAACAGUGUGAUAAAUGCUGCCUGAUUACAGUCACUCAACUUAGCCCGACAGAUUUUUUUGAUAGUUGUGUCGUACUGAUGGAUCCACUGUCUGUGAUCAAUUCACCAAAGCUAGUUCAGGCCCGAAUUGCCGGUCCUUAACCUAUCAAAAGCAUGCUCUGAUCAAUCCAAUAGCUAAAUCAAACACCACCACUUUCUUUAUAUGCAUCAUCAUAACCCAAUGAGAAAAAAAGAUGUCAAAAUGUGGCACCUCUAAACUGGUUUGUCUUGCUACUUACUGCCACUUACUUUUUCAUGGACGAUUUUCUGGGAAGUAAAUCGUAACACACCGACAUACAUUUCUGCAUUUUACACGGGUAUAUCAGUCACACCACUCAAAAGGAUGCAGCCAAAUUUUUCGAUGACAAGAAAUGUGUAAAAAUGUAUCUUAUACACUUUUAAUUUUACAGUAAUCUCUGCAUUCUCCAAGUCUCAUCACUGCUUUGCUAAAAUAUUUUGCUGAUAGUAAGAACUAACCUAUUUUAAAGUCAGGAGCUACUUUUUGUUUCCUGGUUUAUGUCACAGCAACUGACAGAUCCAACAAACAGAGUAGAGAUAUUUCGGUAGCUUGCAAACUGAUUUGCUUCUCUGGCAUGAGGGAUAAUGAUGUAAUGUUACAGUUGAACACCAGCCAGCAGCUUCAUAGUUUCAUAAGCAGAGGCAGAACUGUGCUAGAUGAAGGGUUUUAUUCAUCUCAUACCUGGAUUUGGAAAAAUUUAAAGAGUAAACUUAGACACUUUUAUCCAGCUGAAUAUUGUAUGUCCUUGUGAAAAACACAGCUGAACUAAAACGGUACCUGCAAAACCAUUAAAAAAAUCUUUCAAACUAACCAUAAGACCAUCUUUCAAACAGAUAACCUACUCUGACACAGUCUUGACAGUGCACCACCUUCUUUAAGCUCUGGCAUUUACUCCAUUUACUUCUUCUCUCUUUCUCUCAUAGUCACAAAGGAGUAUGACCUGGCUGUGAUCAUCGUACCCGUGGUGCUCCUUUUUCUGUUCCUUGUCACCCUGCUGCCCAUCUUUAUAAUGAGGUACCGUCCCAGACCGAGGCGGACACGGAUCACAGUGCCUCAACGCUACCACAGCUCAUCGCACAGACAAACCCAAUCACACAGACACAAUCAAUCACACAGACACAAUCAAUCACACAGACACACCCAAAGGCCAAGCCGUGGACACCACCUGCAGGGCAUCGAUGGUCAGCAAGCAUGCAUGCUUUAUCAGAACCUUGUUGCAUAUUUCUACUCAUAGCAGACAGGAUCAUCUGAGAUUUUUAACUGUAUUUCACAUCUCUCCCCACCACUAAAAAAGCUCCCCCAGGGAUAAACCCGCUGGAACAUGAAGAGCUGCCAAUGUCAGUUCAACAAGUGCAACAGAAUGUCAGGCCAACUCUGGCUGCAGUACCACAGAGGUCCACUGAGAGGCACAACAGAGGCUUCAGCCAAGUCACUGCUCUGCCACUGUCCUUUUCUAUCAAGUCUGAUGACACAGUCCAGCUCUACAGAGCCCGCAUGGACAACAGGGACGUCGUCCUGAGGGUGCUGAAAGGUAACUGAACUGUAACGAAACAAACCUCAAAGGACAGGCUCCAACUUUUUGCUGCAUGUGUGCUGUGAAAGUUUUUUUUUCCUUCCUCAAACAAGGAAAUAUGAUGAGUAUUUUGACAGGGGGUUUACCCACACUUCUAGCCCCAUAUGUCCUAUCUUUAAAUAUGACAUAUACACUUUUCAGAAAUGUAGGUUUGUUUCCUUCUAAAAGCAGGUUUAACUCACAGGACGCUCCUAAAAAAAAAAAAACAUAUAUAUAUUUAAAUAUAUAACACUGCUCCUCUGUCAAACUUCCUGGAACGAUACGUGCAGGACAUAAAAAUCUGAUCUCUCACUUCAACAGAAACAGCAAACAGCAGUGAGAAGCAGAACUUCUAUGGAUUUGCCUCUUUUGUCUCAGGACUGGGGCCGCACCCCUUCCUGCCUGCACUCCUGGGUGUAGUUUCAACGCCUUCACCAGCAAUGAUGGUUGUAGAGGAGCUGCAGCACAGAGACCUGUUGGGAUUCUUAUGGAGAUGUCGACAGGUACAGAAGUCUGAUACACAAUGGGGAUCAGAUAUACUAAAAUGUUCCCACAAUGGUCUAUAAAGAUUACCAAUGUGGUUUACCGUGCAAACUACAUGACAACUGCACACCAUUUACUGAUAUCUUCUCCUGAAUGAGCUCAUCAUUAGGUCGACACUGUUGAUGAAAGCUUUGUAUGGCUUAUGAUUACCACGUUAGAGUCUACAAUCAUUUUAGUUAUAACUACCUUUAGUCACUGGGUGGCAGCAUAAUAGAUACUAUCCUGCCACUAAAACUGAGAAAGACACCCUUAGCCAAAGCAUAUUGCUUGUGAUAGGCACUGUGUAAUCACCCAUUUCUAGGCCAAGAGCACCUCAGCAGAUUGUGAACACGUACAAUGAUUGGAGAUGUCUGUCAUAUAACAUAAAGCACAGAUCUGCUCAAACGACUACCAGAAGACCUUGACUUAUUUUUCAUCUUUUUGUUCUCCUUUUCAUCUCCCUGAAGGAUAACUCAGGUGCCGGGUCUUCAUGUGACAUGACAGAGAAGAGGAUCUUCACCAUGGCAGGACAAGUGGCCUCUGCUCUGGUUAGUUUCACUGGCAUUAUUUCUCACUGCUUUGCUGAAUAAAAACACUGGAUUUCUGGGAAUUAUGUGUGAGAGAAACCUCAUUCUGUCAACCUGUUGCUCUGUAUAUAUUCUGUUAACUUCUGUCCCGAUCUGUCUUCUCUGUAUUAUCAUCUUCACAAUACAUCCAAAGUAUGUUAGUGUCAUGUUGAUAUGUUACAUUUGGAGCAUCACUCUUAUUCCUUUGUCUUUCUCUGCACAUUUUAAGGAGUAUCUUCACAAUCAGGGCUGCAUUCAUGGCAAUGUGGGAGCUCGUAGUGUUCUGGUUGGUGGAGAUCUGACAGCUAAACUGUGGGGAUUAGGUUCAAUUUACCGCAGGAGGACGCAGGCUAACUCACCAGGGGAAGUUGGAGAGAUGGAGCUCAAGAAGUGGCAGGCACCUGAGGUGCUGGGGAGGAGAAUCUUCACUCAGAGCAGUGACGUGUGAGUGUCCAAGUCCUCUGAGAGAAUAUUAACACAGAGAAAGCAACUAAUUAUAAAUAAAUCCCAUUACUGAAAUGACCUCAGAGAUAUCAAAGAGGUGAAGCUGAAGCUAGGCUGUAAUCUGACUGUUGGAUAAUUAUUUACAUAAACUACUAUAACCUCCUGUCAUGCUGUCAUCCUCCUGUCCUCAUCAUAACACCCUUCUCAAACUUCUUUCUGACAGUUGGUCCUUUGGUAUCCUGCUCUAUGAAAUGGUCACACUGGGUAGGUAUUUUGGAAUUCAUUCCUCACAAAGACAUUGCUUACUGAAAUACUUAUUAAAAGAGUCUCUACAAACAAGGCAACUGUUUGAUAUUUUCAACACAUGUAUCAUUAUUAGCAAAAAUAUAUCUAAAAAUCACUCAUACAAUCGAUUUAAAAAAUCCCCAUGUCCAAACCCUUUGAACGCUGACUUCAUUUUUGUCCCAUAUUUGUCUCAGGUGACCCACCGUUUGCUCAGCUUAUGGCAACUGAACUUCUGCAGUACCUCCAGAGAGGAAAACAUCUCAGACGGCCGCCCACCUGCUCCAACUCACUGUAAGAAAAACAGCAUAGAAGCAAUGGUUCAAUUUUCAGAGUAAUAAAAAAUGAUGUGCAAGAGUCUUAAUCAGGCAUCCAUUUUGCAGGCCCAGCAUGCAUUCUUCUGACUACAAAACUGGUUGAUUUACUGUCAGAGAGUUUUACUCACACUGUUAAUAGGGAUAUUCCUAUAAACAGUGAUUUAGGGUUUAAAUUUAGGGUCAAACACACCAUAACACCAAGUUAGACACCCCCACGAGAGAUGAAUGUUGCCAACUAUUUGCUUCUCUAGUUAUACCAACUUCAGUAACGACCGCAGGAUAGCAAUACACAGCGGUCUGAGGAGCCAUAAACAAACCUCAACCAAAAGCCACUCUACAGCCACAAAUAAUGCUCAGAACAGCACCUAACUUCAUCAACAGGACAUAUAGGGUCCCAGCCAUAGUACUAGCCACCAAACAUCUUUUUAGCUUUGCCUGAUUUCACCAUCUCUCUUCCAGCAGCCGCUUGUUUGUAGCGGGCCAGUCCAUUAAGGACUGCUGCGGGGUGAUGCAGCUCAAGGAAGAACAUUUAUGAUCAUUACCUUUAAGUAAUAAUCACCAUUUUAAUCAUUUUUGCACUGCAGAUGUAGUAGUUCUUCUGCCUUACCGUCUCGGUCUGAUUGCAUUUCCAUGAAGAAAUUAUCAUAAACGUUCUUCCUUAUGCUGCGUCAUCCCGCAACAGUCUGUAAUGGACUGGCUCGAAAUCUUGCUACAAACAAGCGGCUGCACAGAGAAAAUGGGGAAAACGCUAUUUCUUUCUAUAAAACAUACAGAAUAACGAGUUUAACAAAUUAAAAGUGUGUUGAAUGAGACUGUUGCCACACGACGAGGGGCCAUUUGGCCGGUGAGUCAGCGUGAAGUCCAAAUUCCAACCGCGCAUGCGCGUCAGGGCCGUUGAAUCUGUAGCAACAGCAAGCUAAGCUAACUUAACUGAAUACAUUUGUUGUUUUAUUAGACGAGGGGAAAUUACCCAAAAUUUUCCUUGUACUUUUCCCCCCUCUAACCACGAGAUAAAUCUGUCGAAUAAACCAGCUCAAGGCAAAAGCCAUUCAUGACAAGUUCCGCUUCAAAGGUUACUGGUAACUUCUAACCGUCGACGGUUAAGCUAGCUUAGACCAACGUCUGUGAAAUGUCCAACAACCCUCUACUGCAGACAUAUUGAACAAACUUUGUAAUAAUUAAACUUAUAAAUGUUUUAAACCAAGACAACACUUGACAGUAGUUUCACCUUUGUCAACAGGUACUCUAUUAUCAGGACCUGCUGCGCUUGGAACGCACAGCACCGUCUCUCCAUGUCGGAGCUGAUACGAAAGCUUCACGCGGGAGAACAAUCAGCCAAUGGGAGUACAGUUCUAAGAGUGUCCGAACCACUGAACAUCGAGAGAUACCUCCGAGAGGCGGGAUAUGGAGAAGCGUACAACUAUGCCGUACUCUGA